GUGACGGACAUGUUGAGGCUGCUGCUGCUGGUUCUGCUGGGUUGGACGUGGACGGGCUCGGCUGUGGUCAGGAUCCCUCUGAGGCGGGUUCCUUCCAUUCGUUCCCAGCUGCGAGCCGACGGCCUGUUGGAGGAGUUCCUCAGGGAUCACCGCCCUGACAUGUUCAACCGCCGCUACGCUCAGUGCUUCCCAUCCGGCACGCCGUCGCUGCGUCUCGGACGCUCCAGUGAGAGGAUCUACAACUUCAUGGAUGCUCAGUAUUACGCUGACAUCAGGUUGGGGACGCCGGAGCAGAACUUCUCUGUGAUCUUUGACACCGGCUCAGCUGAUCUCUGGGUCCCAUCGUCCUACUGUGUCAGCCAAGCCUGUGUGUUACACAAGCGUUUCAGGGCUUUUGACUCGUCAUCGUUCCAUCAUGACGGUCGGAUGUUCGGGAUUCACUACGGAUCAGGACACUUGCUGGGAGUCAUGGCCAGAGACACACUGAAGGUCGGUGGUCUGACCAUCGUGAACCAGGAGUUUGGGGAAUCUGUCUACGAGCCUGGGGCCACAUUUGUAUUGGCGAAGUUUGACGGCGUUCUGGGGAUGGGUUAUCCGGCCCUGGCAGAGAUCCUUGGAAACCCUGUUUUUGACAACAUGUUGGCCCAGAAGACGGUGGAUGCUCCAGUUUUCUCUUUCUACCUCAGCAG